CUGACAUAAUACGGACACAGAAAGAUGUGUAAUAACUAAUAGUGGACCAGCUAGUGUUAGUGGUACUUGUGACUUGUGACAACGUUGACGGAAAACUGGAAUAUUAUAUUACGGAAUAAUAAUAAUAAUUAGUCCGGAAUUGUGCAUUUCACAUUAUGUGUACAGUGAUUUAUGUACACAUCGCGAACUAAACAGUACUUAUUUAUUUAUUAUCGUUUUUCGAUAAUGUUAGGUAUUAUACUAUACAUCUUCUUUUUAGUUUUUCUUAUAAUAUUCAAUUUAUUAUUUUAAGUAGGUAACAUCAUUUAGCUAUUUUAUCCCACGACCCACACUUCCACAGUGUGUAUUAUAAUAAUCCAUUUAUAAUAAUCCACUUCGCAUUAAUAAUAAUUUUAGGUAGGAAAUAGGAAUGUUAAGGGACUACGAUUAGAUAUUCGAUAAAUAAAUAAAACUAUAUUUCUUAUAACCUACCUAGUACCUAUCGUAGGUAAAUGGGUAACGAGUGAAAUAAGUUUGAUUUUUACAUUAUAAUAUCAUUAAUAUCUACCAUAUCAUCGUAAUAAUCAAAUAAUAAUAGGUAAUAUUGUACAUUAUUAUUUAUUAUAUAUAUUACACUAUAAUGUACUUUUAUCAGUUUUAUAAAGAUGCACAUAAGUCUUAUUAUAGUAUUAUUAUUAUGAUAUUUUUGAUCUGUUUAUCAAUUCAAUAGUUGGGAAAACCGUAUAACGAUUAACGGCCAUUCCUACCCUACCCGCACGGACGACGAAAGUCGCCGCCGCCGCGCACACACGUCAACACAAUACGACAGGCGACAGCGCGUUAGCACGUUUGUACUUACCUACUCGACAUUGUUUAUUACAAUUUGGCGAAUUUCAUUAAUGUUUUUUUAAUUUUUCAUUAAAAAUUGUGUUUCUUUACGUGUUAUAUUAUUCACUACACGGUCCACACGACAUCACGACCGCAUCUAACUACAGUUACGCAGACAGAUAUUUUAGUUGGUGUAUUAUAUUGAGUAUUCGAUAUGGAUCAUAAGAAAGACUCAACACAUGUAGUAAUAAAGUUUGAUGAAAAAACAGUCAACGGUAUGGAUUGUAUUGAUCUUAUACCAUUAUCAUGGACAUAUAUUGAAAACGGAAUAUUAAAUUGUAAAUAUCCAGAUAAAAAAGAUUAUGGCAAAAUUAAUAAGAUGAGCCAAACUUUGUAUGGUCACAAAGAAUCGUGGAAAAGCUUUGGCAUCAGUAUAAUUUCCGAAGCUAGAAAUUAUGACCAAGGUGUCAGGCGAAUGAAAAAAGCUUUCUCUAAUACAGUUGUACUAAGUAGUGCGAUUGAGGAUAAAGACAGUUCUGAAUAUGAGUCCGAUCCAAAAAAUCUAUCUGAGAAAGAACUAAAACAUAGCUUACAUAAUAUUCCUUCAUUUAGUCCAGCAACUUUAAAAUUAUUUCAACCAGAUGUAAACUUAGAUUUGAUACUGUCAGAUACUACAUCAUCUGAAUCAUCCACCACGUCUACCAAGAAAAAAAUGUCUACUGGAAAAAAAUUGUUAAAAAGAAGGGGAAGCUCUUGUGAUAAACGAGUUAAUGAUGAACAUAGUAAAAAUUACUGUCACACGUGUGGUCGCUCAGAUAAUGUUUCACAAGUUUCAAAAUCAGAUUUGGAGUCACUCAAAAGGAGUAUUGAGUAUCGCAUCCGUGAAGAAUCAAAAAUAACAAGAUCUUUAUUAUCAAUUAAUAAUAGUUCUACUAUAGAAAUUGAUUCAAUUUUAAAAGAUGAAAAAAUCAUUGGCUUGCCUAAAACAAAAUUAGAGCAUUUUCAAGAAUUUGAUAAAGAAUUAGGAAUUGAUAAUGAGCUUGUAAAAAAAAUGAAAUGUUUUAUAAUCAUUAAUAUGAAAGGAAUGGCUAAAAUUAAUGAUGACAUUAUGGCAGUGAUUCCUAAAAUCAUUUCCAAAGAUGUCCAACUACAGUUUAGUGCUUUUGGGAGAGAGACAAGCGGCAAGAAAAAACUUAACUUUUCCUCAACUAAUGCAUUCAAAUACUUACAAGAAGUUCUUGCUACAAAACACCCAAAUGUCAGUUCCAAAGAAUUUGCAAGUGUCAUUAGCAGGUGGUUUUCCGGAGCAAAGGACCGAGAAGGGGGCAAAAAACUUAGAUUAUCGAAAUAAAAAUGUAUUUUGUUAUUAUUUUAUCUAAUAAAACUACCUUUUAAUUAAAUUA